AUGGUAGUAACCAACGGUACAAACGGAUGCUCCAGCCGCGAAUACGGCAUGACUUUCGAGAUCAGUCCCCCAACCGCCGUCCGCCCCGGUGUCCCCUUCACCCUCCCCGUCAUCGUGGCCGUCCGAUCAGGAAACCCAGGAAAUGGCACUGACCAACUUGCUGCCAAUGUGUGUUUGAAGAACGAAUCCGGCACAAGUGUCUCAGCUCUAGGAGGUCCUCUUACCUCCAGCGUGCGCAGCCGCAAUGGAAACACCACCAGCGGUUAUGCGAGGUUCAGUCCUCUUACUAUCUCGCAACCAGGUCGGUACAAGUUGCGGGUUAUGUUGGGUGCUGCUUCGCAGUGCGGAGUCAUGACCAAGGAAUAUAUCGACUCGGGAGUUAUUACUGUUGAUGCAGGGGCUCCGGCAUCCCAGAGACCAACUGCGGCACAGGUCUCCAAGCUCCGAAGCUUGAUUACGGAGAACAUCGACAUAACAGGCGCGGAAAUUGCGGCGUGGCAGCAGGCUUGA